AUGGACCAGAGAACUGCAGACUCACUUUUUGGAUCCAACGAGGAUGAUCCUAAUGUCGACUUUUUUGGCCAACCGUCUACUUUAUCGACCGCUCUGCAAGCAGAGCCCGAACCAGACGAGACGCAAUUGACACAUGCUAACAUAAAGCAUGCGAAUCAGACUCAUAACCCUGUUGACCAUGUCUCGCAUGACCCCUACAGCCAGUUGAAGGCGUACCCCAAAGUUCUCAAUCCUCCUACUUCACCACCUGUGGUCAACGACCCAUAUUCUGCUACUCAGACCAGCAAGUAUCAACCAUAUAAUUAUGCUCCUAAUGCAACUUCUCCCGCGCCUGCCACGUACACGGCGCCGGCAUCCCAAGUCAGCUCAUAUGACCCCUAUGCAAAGGCAGGAGCCAUUCUCAACGUAUCCCAACAAGCCUUCUCUCCCACACAACAGUACACAUCGCCACAAAACAAUUAUGGCAAUCAACCGAUGCAAGCUAUCCCUACACCACCACCACCUACUAAUGUGGAUGUGUCCAAAUACCGCACGAAACCCAAUGCAUAUGACCCUCCAAUAAGGAGUAGUCCGGUGGCAAAGACUCCAUCGCGUUUUGCUGCACCUCCCAUAACUCCGUCAGCUAAUGGACUGAAUCGCUCUACAUAUUCGAAUGUUCCACCUCAGACAACACACGUCCCUCCCCCGCCCCAGCAAAUGAACCAGGGCUAUUUACCUCGACAACAUCCUUCAUCUCCUCCUACCAAAUCUGUGGUACCAUCGCUAAAUGCGCCUCCAUAUGGCGCAAAGCCUCCAACUCCACAGACAAAACCCGGUCUUGUAAACCCACCUCCCCGAGUAGUUUCGCCCUAUGCUCCAAGAACCGGAGUAACUGCUACGCCACCCCCUAGAGCGAUGAGUGCAUCAUCUCAUCGUUCUCAAGGAUAUCAUGCAGGGCCACCAAGUGUGGCUCUACCAGCUGCUGGAUCGGGUUCCCGACCAUCGAGCACCUCUCCAUCCAUCCCACGCAGCCUUGGUAGUCCAGAGCCAUUACCAAGAGUACUACCGCAAGCAAAGCCGCCUCCCCCCGUCGUGGAGCACCAGAACUUGGAGCCAAACAAUCGUACUGAGGUUAGCUAUCUUAUGGCUAUGGACGAUGGCGACCCGACUCCAACGAUUGCAUCGACCUUUGCCAGAAAUAACUACAUGGGAGCUGAGGAUUCGUACCUCAACAAUGUCAUUGAGGACCCUUAUCCCCCUCCGGAGCCAGAUGAAGUUGCCGAAACCUUGGUUACGAGUAAACCGCCGCAACCACCCACUUCUGAUCCCUAUGCACCUAUCAAGCCUCCCCAAGCCUCAACAUACCAGCCUACAAGAGUCUCUUCUCCACCAAGGGCGUUUACUUCACCGCCUGUAGGAAUGGCAAAGCCACCACCAAAAGCUAUACCCCAAGUAAGGAAAGAGUCACUUGUAUCCGAUUCUACGCUUGUGCCACCUAUAUCUACAGGUGUGCCACGUGACCCAUAUGCGCCGAAAACGCCGCCCGUGAAUAUCUCACCACAAAAAAUGUUGACUCCGGCGGCUUCUGGGGUGAUAGACCUCUCACAUUCGCCACCUAAUAUACGUCAACCUAUCUCUUCUUAUGAUCCAUAUAACCCGUCCAGUAGUUUGAGGAGAACAGAUACCAUGGGUAGUAUCGAAAGUACCCACACUCAACCAUAUACUGUGGCCCCUCCAAAUCCUUAUGCACCCACCACCAACAUGUCUCCAGAUGUUGCUGUAGUUGACCGUACUCAAUAUGCUGGUUAUGUGCCCACACCUCAAGCUUCAUCUAAUGCAUAUGCGCCUUCACCCUCGCUUCUGGGGACGAACGAUCCUCUCGGUCGAGCUUCUGUUCGGGUGCCCAUCUUCAGCUUUGGCUUUGGGGGUCGUGUUGUAGUUUGCUUCCAUAAUAAUCCAGGCAUGGGUGCCUUCGAUGGAAUGGCCCCCGGAAAGCCGUCAACUGCUCUGAGCGUCAAAACGCUUAAAGAUGUAAUCCCUACUACCGCCUAUGAUGUUACCGACAGCUCAUUCCCUGGUCCAUUAUUCAAUGAUCAAGGCACUGGUGGCGCGACAAGCGUGCUACAAACAACUGCUGCUUUGACGAAGGCCAAAAAGUCAAAUAUUAUACAGUGGCUUGAUGCCAGAAUAGUAGAAGAAGAGGGAGGUGUCGCCUUCAGAGGCCUUGGCGAGAGUCAAGACGGAAGCCCGGCGAAAGCAGAAGGGAGAGUAGUCUUGAUGAAGCUUCUCAAAAUUUGGAUCGAUAACGACGGGAAACUUUCGGGCAGCCCCGCAAUUGAGGAGGCCGUUCGUGAAGCAUUGCUUGGACCCCCAAAGGAAUCUAGUGCUUUUACUGAAGCGGCAGCUAUUGGGUAUGGAUACCAAGGAAAUGGUCCCCAGUCCUCUUCAGGGGAAUCAGUGGUGGCCACGUACCAGGUCAAAUCAUCUUCCCUUGACAAAGUUCAAGAAUUCUUGAUGCGCGGAGACCGCAGACAAGCUUAUAGAUCAGCCCUCGAUGAAAAGCUUUGGGCACAUGCAUUACUGAUUUCUAGUAGCGUCGAUCAAGACGCUUGGAAAGAGGUUGUUCAUGAGUUCAUUAAAAGCGAGCUUGCACUCUCGCAGACCACUUCGAAUGGUAUGAAUCCUUUGGAGUCAAAUCAAGGGUCUCGAGAAAGUCUUCGAAUUGCAUAUGGCCUCUUUGCAGGGGACGGACCCUCUGCACUUAAACUGCUCGUUCCUCCCUCGACUUUUGGGGUUGCUGGUGUCCAAACACAUAGUCGUUUGUCAUCCAUGACAACUGGGUCCUUGGACAGUACCAUCUCAGACGCAAUGUCUAUUCCACAACAGACCUGGGACCGAUGGAAGGAGUUGCUGGCCUCAACAAUCGCAAAUCAACCACCUGGUGACUCGAGUGCUACAACCGCCCUAGGAGAUUACCUGCUGGCUAAUAAUUGGGCAGAGGCCGCCCACUCCUGGCAAGAACCUCCAUCUUCUCAGGCAUUGGCGCUCCCAAUGACAUUUCAUACUCAACUUCGCGCGAUUGAAUUAUCAGAAAUCGCCGAGUAUGCAAUAUCACUGCUUCCUAUGGCAAAAGGCCAAGAGGCCUACCAUGGGUUACCACACCUUCAGGCCUACCGCCUUUGGCACGCAAUCUCUCUCGCAGAAUUUGGAGAGCUAGGCCUAGCUAAACGGUGA